AUGACGACGCCCAAACCUCAAAAAGUCCCGCUCUACUCCCUCCCGGACCUCAAAUCCGCUAUCGACGAAGCCCUCCCCCCAAUCCUGACCUCCCUGCCCGCCUCCUACCGCUUCACGCAAUCCCACUACCUCUCCACCGUCCGCCUGACACUCGGCUACAGCGCCGUCGCCAUCGCGGGCGCCCUCUUCGCGCUCGACUACAAGCACGGCUGGGACGUGACGAAGCCCUACACACUGCCCGCAUGCGUGGCCUACUUCAUCCUCAACGGCGCGCUGACGCUGUGGUCGUACGCGGUGGAGCGGGGCGCGGUCUUUGACGGGCGGCGACCCGGCGGACAGCGCCUCGUGCUGCGCAGCCGCGUGCAGAAGCCCGUCGCCGAGUAUAUCCUGACGAUCCUGUACGAGAGUCCCAAGGGGGAUACGAAGUGGCAGGACACGGUGGUGAGCGUGCCGUUUGCGAAGCUGUUCAAUGUGCAUGGGUACCUGCAGCGAGCGGAGCUGAAGAAAUGGUUGGCGCGCGAGAUUGAGGUGGUGGGGCUGGCGGAUCCGGAGGCUGCGAAGGCGGUUAUGGAGUGUGAGAAGGAGUUGGCGGGUCAGAUGGGUGUGGACGUCGGUGUUAGUAUGAGUGGGGCGUUGGGGGAUACCAUUGAGGUGCAGAGUGCAAAUGACACGGAGGAGGAGGGGCUGAGCAGUGCGCGGAUUACGAGGGCGAGGAGUAAGAGUCCUUUGCCAGACACGGGGAGCGCGACUGCUACACCGUCGAAGAGAGGGCCGGGACGACCCAGGAAGAGUAAGGGCUGA